CGUAGCCACAACAACACAAACAAACCAACAAAACAACACAAAACUACAGCACAAAAAACCAGUGCGCGCUGACGACAGGGGACAGGCAAAAAGAUAGUGAAGAUGGAGCUGAACAGCAAGAAGGCGAAGCUCGUGCAAGAGCAGCCGCGGUCAGCGACGGUGACUCGCAAGACCAAAGAGACAGACAUCCAGAUCACGUUGGACUUGGAUGGGGAAGGCAAGCUGGACAUCUCGACCGGGAUUGGGUUCUUGGAUCACAUGAUUUCAGCCCUGGGCAAGCAUGCUCGCUUCAACCUCACCGUGGCCUGCCAGGGAGAUCUUCAUGUGGACGACCAUCACACCGUGGAGGAUGUCGGCUUGGCACUCGGAAGUGCCUUUGAUCAGGCCCUUGGCGAGCGCCGUGGCAUCGCCCGGUUUGGCCACGCCUACGCUCCGCUUGACGAAGCCCUCUCAAGAUCUGUGGUGGACAUCUCUUCACGCCCUUUCUGCGUUGCGUCGCUUGGAUUGAAGCGUGAGAAGCUGGGAGCCCUGUCCUGUGAGAUGAUUCCACACUUCUUCAUGUCGUUUGCACAGGAAGCAAGGAUCACCCUGCAUGUCGAGUGUUUGUACGGGGAUAACGACCAUCAUCGCGCAGAAUCCGCAUUCAAGGCCACCGCGGUUGCGCUUCGCCAUGCCAUCUCCCGAACCGGUGGCCUGAAUGACGUGCCCAGCACAAAGGGCGUCCUGGCGUAGCGCCCAGGCACACACACACACACUCACACACAUACACACACACACACACUUUUGUUUGGCCCAGGCUGUUCUUUGAGUGAUUGUCCACUCGUGCAUCAUGUUCGCACGAGUGUGUGCGUGCGUGUGCGUGCGUGCGUGUGAAAAUGCGUGUACUGCUGUGUUGAAAAUGAUGCUUGUGCAUCAAAAGUAGAAGGUGCAACACCCAACAACCUC